GAGAAUCCUGAUAUCCUAUCCAGUAUCCUCAGCUCUCAUCAUCGUCGCCAUCAUCAUCAUCUCUCAUCAACUCCACUCUGAAAGCUCUUCCCUUUACGAGUCCCAUAACAAAAUCCAAUCUUGCAUUCCUUUGCAUUUCUGUAACCGGAAUCCAUGGACGUCUCCUGUUCUCUCUCCCCAGCUCACCAAAUCUCUUUCUCGUUGAAACCCUCUUCGUUGGUCAACUCUUGCUCUCUCGGGUCGGUCUCUGUUCUCGGAUUCUCUCUGCCGCACCUCAGAUCUCCGCUUUCGGCUAGAUGUCGUCAAGGUCGGACUUCCGGCGUCAUUAGAUCCUGUGUUGCUGUUGAACAGAAGCCCCGGACGGCUAUUAUUAGAAUUGGUACAAGGGGAAGCCCCCUAGCACUUGCUCAGGCAUACGAGACUCGGGACAAGCUCAAGUCUAUACACCCAGAACUAGCUGAAGAUGGGGCUAUCCACAUCGAGAUCAUAAAAACUACUGGUGAUAAGAUUCUAACUCAACCACUUGCAGAUAUUGGUGGGAAAGGGCUUUUCACCAAAGAAAUAGACGAGGCUUUGAUAGAUGGGCGUAUUGACAUUGCUGUCCACUCAAUGAAAGAUGUUCCAACUUACUUACCUGAUAAAACGAUUUUACCCUGUAACCUUAAGCGUGAGGAUGUCCGGGAUGCAUUUAUAUGCCUGACCGCAGCUUCAUUGGCCGAGCUUCCAGCUGGAAGCGUUGUGGGAACUGCUUCUCUUAGAAGAAAGUCACAGAUACUCCACAGAUAUCCUUCUCUGAAGGUUGAGGAAAACUUCAGGGGUAACGUCCAGACAAGACUGUCAAAGCUUCAGGGAGGAAAGGUUCACGCCACUCUAUUAGCGUUAGCUGGGUUAAAGAGGUUGAAUAUGACGGAGAAUGUCACGUCAAUCUUAUCCAUCGAUGAAAUGCUACCAGCGGUUGCUCAAGGUGCGAUUGGAAUCGCCUGCAGGAGCGAUGACGAUAAAAUGGCUAAUUACUUAGCCUCGUUGAAUCACGAGGUAACAAGACUAGCGGUUGCAUGUGAGAGGGCAUUUCUCGAGACAUUGGAUGGAUCAUGCCGUACUCCUAUUGCUGGAUAUGCAUCUCAGGACGACGAUGGCAACUGUGUUUUCAAGGGUUUGGUCGCUUCUCCUGACGGAACUCGUGUGCUCGAGACCUCAAGAAAAGGUCUGUAUGCGUUUGAAGACAUGGUGAGGAUGGGGAAAGACGCAGGACAAGAACUGCUUUCUCGUGCUGGUCCCGGCUUCUUCGGCGUUUAAGCCAUUCGGACAGGAAUCAGGAUAAUCUGUGACACGGAUGAGGCUUAGGAUAUAGGAUUUUGUUUUCAUCCUAAUAUGUUGUAACUUUAUGUUUAUGAGAGAAAAUAUUGCUGUAUCUUAUGGUUUUGAUGAAGAUUCUUCCCAAUGUAAAACCAGUUUUCCCAA